AACAGUUUCCGGUUUGAAGUAAACACAAGUUUGACAUUGGGCAUUUUUUUUGCAUUAAAGAUGGGUUUGAUGCCUUUAAAUGCAGUAAGACAGUUAUUUAGAGCAAUGGCUGACACUCCAGGCUUUGACCGAGUACUUAGCAAGGUAGACGUAUUGUCUGCUAGCCCUGGGAAAGUAGUGUGUGAGAUGCAGGUGGCAGAGGAGCACACAAACCGGGGGGGCACGCUGCACGGGGGGAUGACCGCGACUCUGGUGGACGUCAUCUCCACCUUGGCCAUUAUGUACAGUGAGAGGAGCGCGCCAGGCGUCAGCGUGGACAUGAACAUUACAUACAUGAAUGCAGCCAAGGUUGGGGAAGACGUCCUUAUCACCGCCCAGGUUCUAAAACAGGGAAAAACAUUGGCUUUUGCUACUGUUGACCUUACAAACAAAGCCAGUGGAAAAAUUAUUGCACAAGGAAGGCACACCAAACACCUUGGUAGCAGCUAAACACAUGUCUUGAGUCCAAUACUGUGGACUGCAGAGCCUGUAAAUAUUUUGCUGUUGCAUUCUCGUCAGUGAUUGUGAUUUCAUGCACAUGCAAUAAAAACAAAUGGACAAAGGUGUAUUCUUUC